CGGGGCGGGGGUCGGUGCCGCUUUACGGCCGGCAGGAGGUGCCGUAAAGCGUGCGCAGCUGGCUUUGCGUCAGGGCCGGUGGAGAGAUUGCUUUUGAAAGGUGUCUGACAGCUGAGGAGACUGAAGUCCUCUCUCCACAGAAAAGGUAGAGGCAGCAGCAGUGCAAACACCCCACCAAUGGGCUUCAACUUCAUCAUGGAGGCACUAGCUCAGUUGAGAAAAGGGUAAAUAAUCACACAAGAAUUAAGUGGCUAUGUUCAGUGAAAUAUGAAAAAUGGCCAAUCCUUUAAGAGGUGAAGUGCUGAAUCUUUACAAAAAUCUGCUGUACCUUGGAAGGGAAUAUCCCAAAGGAGCAGACUACUUUAGAAGCCGUUUGAAGGCAGCUUUCCUAAAAAAUAAGGAUGUGAAAGAUCCAGAAAAAAUUAAGCAACUAAUUAGUCGUGGAGAAUUUGUUAUAAAAGAGCUAGAGGCCUUGUAUUAUCUCAGAAAAUACAGGGCUAUGAAACAGCGAUACUAUGAGGAUGACAAUAAGAAUAAGUGAUGUGUAAUAUUAUUGACCCUGUGCUUGUAACAAUACAGAUUAGUGGCUGGGAUGAAUGAAUAAAAAAGAAUGGUUAUGUUAAAGGCAAUGAGACUUAAAUAUUUCCAAACCAAAGGACAUAUUUGAUCACCAUGUCAGUGGCUACAUUACUACAUUUCAAGUGGCUAUUUUAAUUAUUUGAAUAUAAAGUUCUGUGGCAUGCAGAUAUGAUCUUAAACUGAUAGCUUAGAGGCUUUGUCCACCAUUGUGAUCUAUCCUGAACUGAAGCUUGAUGCACAAAAAUGCUCUGACAGAAAGUUUAACCUAAUUUGGUUCCUCACUUAAUUUUCUUCACUGAACAGACUAAUUUAAAACUGAAUGCAGAUCAGAUAAGGGCUAUGAAAAAAGCUGUCGAUUAAUCGCAGUUAACUCAGGCGAUUAACUCAAAAAUUAAUCGCGAUAAUCACAUUUUUAAUUGCACUGUUAAAUAGAAUAGCAAUUGAAAUUUAUUAUUUUGGAUGUUUUUCUACAUUUUCAUAUAUAUAUAGUAUUCUGUGUUGUAAUUGAAAUCAAUGUAUAUUUUUAUUACAAAUAUUUGCACUGUAAAAAUGAUAAUAGUAUUUUUCAAUUCACCUCAUACAAGUUACUGUAGUGCAAUCUGUCGUGAAAGUGCAACUUACAAAUGUAGAUUUUUUUCUUACAUAACUGCACUCAAAACCACAACCGUGUAAAACUUCAGAGUCUACAAGUCCACUCAGUCCUACUUCUUAUUCAGCCAAUUGCUAAGCAAACAAGUUUGUUUACAUAUACAGGAGAUAAUACUGCAGUCUUAUUUACAGUGUCACCAGAAAGUUAGAACAGGUAUUUGCAUGGCACUUUUGUAUCAGACAUUGCAAGGUAUUUAUGUGCCAGAUAUGCUAAACAUUUGUAUGCCCCUUCAUGCUUUAGCCACCAUUCCAGAAGACAUGCUUCCAUGCUGAUGAUGCUCGUUUAAAAAAAAAAAAUGCAUGAAUUAAAUUUGUGACUGAACAGAGUAAAAUGGAUUUAUUUGGGGUUUGGAUCCCAUUGGGAGCUGGGUAUUGGAGACAGGAGUACCCGCUGAGUGGUUUUCAGUUAAAGCCUGCAGCUUUGGGGAUGUGGUUCAGACCCUGGGUCUGUGUUGCAGCUGGCCAGUAUGUCUGGUUCAACAAGACAGGGUUCUGGGGUCCCAAGCUGACAGAAAACAAGCUCAGAGGUAGUCUCAGCACAUCAGGUGACAGUCACAAGGGAGUCUCUGUGACCGAACUAGUCACACCCGGGAAUGGUGGUUGAAGCAUGAAGGAACAUAUGAAUCUUUAGCGCAUCUGGCAUGUAAAUGUCUUGCGACACUGGCUACAAUAGUGCCAUGAAAAUGCCUGGUCUCACUUUCAGCUGACAUUGUAAACAAGAAGCAGGCAGCAGCAUCUCCCAUAAAUAUAAACUGGUUUGUCUGAGCGACUGGCUGAACAAGAAGUAGGACUGAGUGGAUUUGCAGGCUCUAAAAUUUUACAUUGUUUUAUUUUUGAAUGCCUUAUUUUUGUACAUCUACAUUUGUAAGUUCAACUUUCAUGAUAAAGAGUUUGCACUACAGUACUUGUAUUAGGUGAAUUGAAAAAUACUAUUUUUAAUUACAAGUACUUGCACUGUAAAAAAAACAAGUGAGCACUGUACAGUUUGUAUUGUUGUAAUUGAAAUCAAUAUUUGAAAAUGUAGAAAACACCCAAAAAUAUUUAAAUAAAUGGUAUUCUAUUGUUUUAA